ACGUUUGUGCGUAGUUUGUUUCUUCAUCGAUCUCAAGCUUAUCCUCAUUCACAUCGCUAUCUCUACAUAAUGUCGUUAUCCAACAAAUUGUCUGUUAAGGACCUUGAUGUCUCUGGCAAGAGAGUCUUCAUCAGAGUCGACUUCAAUGUCCCAUUGGACGGCAAGACCAUCACCAACAACCAACGUAUCGUUGCUGCUUUGCCAACCAUCAAGUACGUCUUGGAACAAAAGCCAAAGGCCGUCAUCUUGGCUUCCCACUUGGGCAGACCUAACGGUGAAAGAGUCGACAAGUACUCUUUAGCCCCUGUAGCCGACGAAUUGGAAAAAUUGUUGGGCGAAAGAGUCGUCUUCUUGAGCGACUGUGUCGGUUCCGACGUCGAGUCGGCUGUCAACGGUGCUACCAACGGCCAGGUCUUCUUGUUGGAAAACUUGAGAUACCACAUUGAAGAAGAAGGUUCUCAGAAGAAGGACGGUGAGAAGAUCAAGGCUUCUAAGGAAGAUGUGCAAAAGUUCAGAGACCAAUUGACCUCUUUGGCCGACGUGUACAUCAACGAUGCCUUCGGAACUGCUCACAGAGCCCAUUCAUCCAUGGUUGGUUUCAACUUACCUCAGAGAGCUGCUGGUUUCUUGAUGGCCAAGGAAUUGGAAUACUUUGCCAAAGCAUUGGAAAACCCUGUCAGACCUUUCCUUGCCAUCUUGGGAGGUGCCAAGGUCUCUGACAAGAUUCAAUUGAUUGACAACUUGUUGGACAAGGUCGACUUGUUGAUUGUCGGUGGUGGUAUGGCUUUCACCUUCAAGAAGGUGUUGGACAACAUGCCUAUCGGAGACUCUUUGUUUGACGAGGCUGGUUCCAAGAACGUUGAGGCUUUGGUUGCUAAAGCAAAGAAGAACGGUGUUGAAAUCGUUUUGCCAGUUGACUUUGUCACUGCUGACAAGUUUGACAAGGAUGCCCAAGUCUCGACUGCUACCCAGGAACAAGGUAUUCCAGACUCAUGGAUGGGUUUGGAUGCUGGUCCAAAGUCGAGAGAAUUAUUCUCUGCCACUGUUGCCAAGGCUAAGACUAUUGUCUGGAACGGUCCACCAGGAGUAUUUGAAUUCGAAAAGUUUGCUGCUGGUACCAAGUCGUUGUUGGACGACGUUGUCAAGUCUGCUGAAGCUGGCAACACUGUCAUUAUCGGUGGUGGUGACACUGCCACUGUAGCCAAGAAGUACGGUGUUGUUGACAAGUUGUCGCAUGUCUCUACUGGAGGUGGUGCUUCCUUGGAAUUGUUGGAAGGUAAGGAAUUGCCAGGUGUUGUUGCCAUUUCCGACAAACAAUAGUUGAUGUAAGACUUUAAUUAUAAGAAUACAAUUGUGAU